AUGGCGGCCCUGUCUCGCAUCAAUGGCGACCUCAACAACACCGAAGCGAUCCGCCAUAGCACCGUCAUCCCUAUCGAUCCCUCCUACGCCCGCCGCACACUAGCGAUUCCCGAAGAUGAAGACCGCCCCAACGUUCGUGCAGCAUACCGCCCCUUCCUGCUGCCAGACGAGAUCGCCACCAGCGACUGGGUCGCCAAGCUCGAACUCAGCACCGCGCUCAAGAUGGCUGAGGCGGACAUGGAGCGGACGGGCGAGCGACUGAGGGUCUUGAUGCUCUAUGGCAGCUUGCGCAGACGCUCCUACUCCCGCCUCCUGACGUUCGAGUGCGCUCGCAUCCUCUUCCGUUUGGGCUGUGAUGUCCGAAUUUUCGAUCCCACGGGUCUACCUGUCAAGGACGAUGUGCAGCACGACCACGCAAAGGUCCAAGAGUUGCGCGAGCUCAGCAAAUGGAGUGACGGACAUGUCUGGAUCUCGCCCGAGCAGCACGGCACUCUUACAGGAGUCUUCAAGAACCAGAUCGACUGGAUUCCGCUGAGUACGGGCUCGGUGAGGCCGACGCAAGGCCGCACCCUUGCCGUCGCCGAGGUGUCUGGCGGCUCGCAAUCUUUCAAUGCGGUCAAUAUGCUGAGGAUACUGGGAAGAUGGAUGAGGAUGUUCACAAUACCCAACCAAUCGUCCAUCCCCAAAGCCUAUACCACGUUCACGGAGGUUCAGAAUCCUGACGACUUUGGAGCUUAUGUUGAAGCCGAGGGUGGUAGUCGUUUGAUGCCGUCCGGCAACCGCGAAAGGGUCGUUGACUGCAUGGAGGAGUUCGCCAAAUAUACCAUCAUUAUGCGAUCGCAUUUCGACCUCUUCAAUGACCGCUCCAGCGAACGUGUCGAGCGGCUGGAGAAGUCGCGCAAGGCAGAGUGCCAGGCGGACGGGGCGAACGGGGCGAACGGGGCGAACGGGGCGAACGGGGCGAACGGGGCGAACGGGGCGAACGGGGCGAACGGGGCAGAGGACAAGGCGGGUGAGGAGGGCAAUGCGAAGACCACGGCGAGUGCCAAUGUUGUCAACGGGAUAGACGUGGCUGGCAUCUGA